CUGUGCUGCCUUUUUUUCUUAACAUUUUUGUCUUGGCGACUUUUUGUGCACCUUUAAAAGCACCCACCACUGGAAGCCCUAAACUGAUAACUUGCUCACACCUACUUAAAUUUGAAGUGCUAUACCUAUAAAUUCGUGCCUCUGCUUCCGUCCUCACCUCCAUGGCUAGUAUUACAACUGCUACAAAAACUAAAAUAGCCGUUCUCUGCGUUUAGAUUUCUCAACUGGCGUCAAGCAUCAGCAACCCAUUUGCUAGCCAUUCAUUGCUUUACAGCACAGAAAUCGUGCACUCCUAUCUACUUAGCACAGGCACGACCAACUCUUUUCAUUGACUCUGCGAUCAGCUGAAAACGCCCCCAUGUGACAUCACGCUCUCCCUAUGGCAUUUUGGUCACAUGGCUGUGACAUCAUGACUUCCUGAAAGCUAGGGUAGAAUGUUUCUGCCGGAGAAUUGAAAUGCUGAAAACUAGAGUACUACCCAAGGAAGAGAUUACAGGAGCUGAUCUAAAAUUCCCAGCAUCUCUUUAAGAGUCCACUACAAACGGAAGCUUGCUGGUUGCUUCUUCAUGCUGAUGUCUUCAGGACCACAGUCACCUGAUUAAAAAAGUUUAAAACACCUGUAACAGCACAAUGCACCAGAAGCUGCUGAAGAGUGUCCACUACAUAGAACUUGGAAGCUAUCAGUACUGGCCCGUCCUCCUUCCCAGGGGUAUCAGACUCUAUACUUAUGAACAGAUUCCUGUUUUCCUUAAAGACAAUCCAUAUAUUACUGAUGGCUACAGAGCUUACCUUCCAUCCAAGUUAUGUUUGAAAAGCCUCUUCAUUUUGUCCAACGAAACAAUAAAUAUUUGGAGCCACCUGCUGGGCUUUCUUCUUUUCUUCAUUUUAGGUGUGUAUGAUAUGAUAUCAGUGUUGCCAUCUGCAAAUGCAUCCAGGGAAGACUUUGUUAUCUGCUCCAUUUGCCUCUUUUGUUUUCAGGUCUGCAUGCUGUGUUCAGUGGGCUAUCAUCUCUUCUGCUGUCAUCGGUCGGAGAAAACAAGCCGUCGCUGGAUGGCAUUAGAUUAUGCAGGGAUUUCAAUUGGCAUCUUGGGCUGCUAUGUCUCUGGAGUGUUUUAUGCCUUCUACUGUAACAAUUACUGGCGGCAAGUGUAUUUAAUCACUGUGCUGGCUAUGAUUUUGGCUGUGUUUUUUGCUCAAAUUCACCCCAGCUACCUCACCCAACAAUGGCACAGGCUGCGCUCUGUUAUAUUCUGCUCUGUGUCUGGCUAUGGAAUAAUUCCUACAGUGCACUGGAUCUGGUUAAAUGGAGGUGUUGGAACUUCAGUUGUUCAAGAAUUUGCUCCACGAGUAAUUGUCAUGUACAUAAUUGCAGCUGUUGCUUUUCUGUUCUACAUUUCAAAAGUGCCAGAAAGAUAUUUUCCAGGGCAACUGAACUACCUUGGAUCAAGCCAUCAACUGUGGCAUAUACUUGCAGUUGUAAUGUUGUAUUGGUGGCAUCAGUCUACAGUGUACAUCAUGCAAUACAGACAUAGCCAGCCCUGCCCGACGCAUUCAGAAACCUUCUGAGGGACAUGUAUGCUGAGCAAUAAAACACAUUAAAUGAGCAUCUUUAAAACAAAAUGGGAUAUAUUUGAUGUGUUUGGGACACCAUGCAUCAUUCUCGCGGGAAACAUGUUUAAAGAUGCCGAGGAUAAGUAUAAACACAAAAAAGGUCACGUUUCCUGGGACAUGCUUUAAAAGGAAAUUGAAACAUGGUGCUACACCUGUGACUAUCAUCUUUGGAUUGGAAAGAAUGUGCAAUUGCUGCGUUCAGGGAAGAAUUGUAUUUACGUUGACAGAAUAGUAUUAAACUGACCGACUAAAUAUGUGAUCUUUUGCAGACUACUAUGGUCAAGCAUUCCUUUUAUACUUACAAACUUUGUGCCAAGGUACAUUUGUUAUCUGCUAUAAUAUGCAUGCAGUGCUUUCAUGCUAUUAUAACUGUGAAUGUUUACAGAUGGAACAUGAGGUAUUGUAAAUACUCAGCAUCCCCUGAAACCCAUGCUUCCAUCUCUUAUUAAUAACGAGCUGAAAUCUUGGAUGGAGAACAUUUUAUGUCUCAGAAACCCAAACUCUACAUCUAAACUUAAAUGUAAAUACAUUGCAGAAAUGUCAGAUUUUAAAUUGGGAUGGCAGUAGGUCAGGCGUGACCAAAACGGAAGUAUGAUAUCUUGUUGUGUACAGGUGUGUGACCUGUUAUACAGAAUGCUUGGGACCUGAUGUUUUCUGGAUAUAGGAUCUUUCCGUAAUUUGGAUCUCCAUACCUUAAGUCUGCUAAAGUACAUUUAAACAUAAAAUAAACUCAAUAGUAUUGUUUUGCCACCAAUAUGGAAUCAUGUAGCUUAAUUACCAUCAAGUACAGGGUGCUGUUUUAUGAUUACAGAUAAAAAGGAAAUGUUUCAAAUAAAAGUUAUGCCUAAAAGUGGGUAGAAACUAUAGCCAAACUGCAUAAAAUAGUGUGCUUUAUAAAUGAGGCCUUUAUGGUGUUAA